UGUGUUGUUGUUGCUUUGUUUUGGAGCUCGCUGGUAAACUUAAGUUGGACGAAGUGGACACAGCAACUGUUUUUGGUGCAGAAAUUAAACAUAUUGCUAUAGUGCCCGUUGUAAUCGGGAGGGUGCGGUGUGAGCUGCUCCUCAAUAUUGCUGUCGUGCGGAGUGCGUGUGUGAAACAAAACAAAAAUCGUAAAGUGGAGCAGCAAUAUUGCAGUGACAAGGGGAACAGUGUACAACAGCAACAAUAGUUGCUCCCAUAACGAAAACAACAACAACAACAAGCACACAAAACAAAUAGUUAACACAAUGGCCAAUCGCAGUCGCGCUGUACUAAAUGUUAAUCUCGAUUCGGUCAUGGCCAACGAUCCGUUGCGUGAGCUCUUCGAGGCUUGCAAAACAGGUGAACUGGGCAAAGUGAAGAAGCUGAUAACACCACAAACAGUUAAUGCUCGCGACACAGCGGGACGCAAAUCGACGCCAUUGCAUUUUGCAGCGGGCUACGGUCGACGUGAGGUGGUUGAGUUUCUAUUGAACAACGGCGCCUCCAUACAGGCCUGCGAUGAGGGCGGUCUGCAUCCGCUGCACAAUUGCUGCUCGUUUGGGCAUGCGGAGGUGGUGCGGCUGCUGCUUAAGGCCGGCGCCAGUCCCAACACCACCGACAAUUGGAACUAUACGCCGCUGCAUGAGGCGGCGAGCAAGGGUAAAAUUGAUGUCUGUCUGGCGCUGCUGCAGCAUGGCGCCAAUCACACCAUACGCAACUCGGAGCAAAAGACACCGCUGGAGCUGGCAGAUGAUGCAACGCGUCCCGUGCUCACAGGCGAAUAUCGCAAAGAUGAGUUGCUCGAGGCGGCACGUUCCGGUGCAGAGGAUCGUCUGCUGGCCCUGCUCACGCCGCUCAAUGUCAAUUGUCAUGCGAGCGAUGGCAGACGCUCGACGCCGCUGCAUUUAGCCGCCGGCUACAAUCGCAUUGGCAUUGUCGAAAUAUUGCUGGCCAAUGGCGCCGAUGUGCAUGCCAAGGAUAAGGGCGGCCUGGUGCCGCUACACAAUGCCUGCUCGUACGGUCACUUCGAUGUGACCAAGCUGCUCAUACAGGCGGGUGCCAAUGUCAAUGCCAACGAUCUGUGGGCCUUCACGCCGCUGCACGAGGCUGCCUCUAAAAGCCGCGUCGAGGUCUGCAGUCUGCUGCUCAGUCGUGGCGCCGAUCCCACGCUACUCAAUUGCCACAACAAGUCGGCCAUGGAUGCGGCCCCAACGCGUGAGCUGCGCGAGCGCAUUGCCUUUGAGCACAAAGGACAUUGCUUCUUGGAUGCCUGCCGCAAGUGCGACUUGUCGCGUGUCAAGAAACUCAUCUGUGCCGAAAUGGUAAACUUUGUGCAUCCGUAUACGGGCGAUAUACCACUGCACAUGGCCGUAGCCUGUCAGGAUGCAAAGCGUAGGCAGCUGAUUGAUCUGCUCAUACGCAAGGGCGGGCUGAUUAACGAGAAGAACAAGGCGUUCCUAACGCCGCUGCAUGUGGCCGCCGACAUGGUGCACUAUGAUGCAAUGGAGACGCUGCUGAAGCAGGGCGCCAAGGUCAAUGCGCUGGACAGUUUGGGACAGACGGCGUUGCAUCAUUGCGCACGCGACGAGACGGCGGCGCGACUGCUGCUCUCCUAUGCCGUAGACAGCAGCAUUAUGUCGCUGGAGGGCUUGACGGCGGCGCAGCUGGCAUCGGACGCUGUGAUAAAACUGCUGAACAAUCCGCCAGAUAGUGAAACGAAUCUGUUGGAGGCAGCCAAGGCUGGUGACUUGGAUGCCGUGCGUCGCAUUGUCUUAAGCGAUCCGAAGACAGUCAAUUGCCGUGACCUGGAUGGACGUCAUUCGACGCCGCUGCACUUUGCCGCCGGCUUCAAUCGUGUGCCUGUCGUGCAAUUUCUGCUGGAGCAUGGCGCCGAGGUCUAUGCAGCCGACAAGGGCGGCCUGGUGCCGCUGCACAAUGCCUGCUCGUAUGGCCACUACGAGGUCACCGAGCUGCUCGUCAAGCAUGGCGCCAAUGUCAAUGUCUCUGAUCUGUGGAAAUUCACACCGCUGCAUGAGGCCGCCGCCAAGGGCAAAUACGAUAUAUGCAAGCUGCUGCUGAAGCAUGGCGCAGAUACGAUGAAAAAGAAUCGCGAUGGUGCGACGCCGGCUGAUUUGGUCAAGGAUUCGGAUCACGAUGUGGCCGAGCUGCUGCGCGGCCCCUCAGCCCUGUUGGAUGCCGCCAAGAAGGGCAACCUGGCACGCGUGCAGCGUCUGGUCUCGCCAGAAACCAUCAACUGCCGCGACAUGAGCGGCCGCAACUCGACGCCGCUGCACUUGGCUGCGGGCUACAACAAUUUUGAAUGCGCCGAGUAUCUGCUGGAGCAUGGCGCCGAUGUGAAUGCGCAGGAUAAAGGCGGUCUUAUACCGCUGCACAACGCCAGCUCCUAUGGGCACCUGGACAUUGCUGCGCUGCUCAUCAAGCACAAGACAGUGGUCAAUGCCACCGAUAAAUGGGGCUUUACUCCACUACACGAAGCUGCGCAAAAGGGACGCACGCAGCUAUGCUCACUGCUGUUGGCUCAUGGCGCAGACGCCUAUAUGAAAAAUCAGGAGGGCCAGACGCCCAUUGAGCUGGCCACGGCGGAUGAUGUAAAGUGUUUGCUGCAGGAUGCAAUGGCCACAUCGCUUAGCCAACAUGAGCUUAAUGCCUCAACACAAACAUUGCCUGAUGAGCAAGCAGCACAAGAAGUUGGCUGCAGCAGCAGCUUGGCGGUGCCAGCAGGCAGCGCUGCUGUCUCGUCGACAACAACAACAACAGCAGCAGCCGCAGCAACAGCUGCGCUUUUGUCACCCACCACAGAGACAGUGCUGCUGCCGUCUGGUGCUUCAAUGACGUUGAGUGUGCCAGUGCCGUUGCCAUUGAACAGCUGUGCUACGCGCAUGAGUCCUGCCCAGGGCGCAGAGGCGCGCGGUGGCGAAAACACAGGCAGCGAGGAGAUGCUCAGUGAUCCCGAUUCCAUUACUACUGUCUCGAGCUUCUUGAGCAGCCAGCAAUUGCAUCAUCUGAUUGAGCUAUUCGAGCGUGAGCAAAUCACGCUGGACAUACUGGCCGAGAUGGGUCAUGAUGAUCUCAAGCAGGUGGGCGUUUCCGCCUACGGCUUUCGCCACAAGAUACUGAAGGGCAUUGUGCAGCUGCGCGCGACCACUGGCAUUGGCAACAAUGUGAAUCUAUGCACGCUGCUCGUCGAUCUAUUGCCCGACGAUAAGGAGUUUGUGGCUGUCGAGGAGGAGAUGCAAGCAACAAUACGCGAGCAUCGCGACAAUGGCCAGGCAGGCGGCUUCUUUUCACGCUACAAUAUUGUGCGCGUGCAAAAGGUGCAGAAUCGCAAACUGUGGGAGCGCUAUGCGCAUCGUCGCCAGGAGAUUGCCGAGGAGAACUUUGUGCAGUCAAACGAGCGCAUGCUCUUCCAUGGCAGUCCCUUCAUCAAUGCAAUUGUGCAGCGUGGCUUCGACGAGCGACAUGCCUACAUUGGCGGCAUGUUUGGUGCGGGCAUUUACUUUGCGGAGCAUAGCUCCAAGAGCAAUCAGUAUGUCUAUGGUAUUGGCGGCGGCAUUGGUUGCCCCUCGCACAAGGAUAAAUCCUGCUACAUAUGCCCAAGGCAAUUGUUGCUGUGCCGCGUAGCAUUGGGCAAAUCCUUUUUGCAAUAUAGCGCAAUGAAAAUGGCGCAUGCACCACCGGGACAUCAUUCCGUAAUUGGACAUCCCUCAGCGGGCGGACUGCAUUUUGCUGAAUACGUUGUCUAUCGGGGUGAACAGUCUUAUCCAGAGUACUUGAUAACGUAUCAAAUUGUCAAGCCCGAUGACAACAGUAGCGGGGCCGAGGAAACAAGAUGAUGGAUGCCUUCGGUUGGCUCCACGCCCACAACCACAUCGCCUGCACCACAGCCGCUAACAAUACAGACCUCAGCUUUAACUCCAGUUCCAGCGAUAGCAACAGCUACAACCACAGUCGCAGUCAUAGCCACAGCUCCAGCUCCAGUUGCCAAGCGGCGGCAAAUACCUGCCAGAAUAACACCACAGUUGCCACAAACGCCAGAGCAGCAGCUACAUCUGCAGCGGCAAAUACCUGCCAGGAUAUCACCACAAUUGCCACAACCGCCCGAACCACAACAACAACAACAGCAGCAGCAGCACCAGCAGCUGCAGCGACCGCGUCCACGACUGCAACCAAUGCAGCUGCCGGCGCUGCCAUUGCAGCUACAAUAUCAACAUUAUCAGCCGCAGCAGACGGCGCCAGCGGUGACCACCACGCAGCCAACGCCAGCAGGCGUCUUUACGCACAACAACAACAAUCAGAGCUACGUGAUGAACAACAAUAACAACAGUCGCUGCAGCAACAGCAGCAACGGCAACAGCCACAACGGCAAUAGCAACAGCAACAACAACAACAAUGAUAUGUCGCCAGUGUCGAUCAGCAACAGCUUCUCUUCGGCGGACACCAAUCAAACGUUGCUCAACUCUAUUGCCAAUCAGCAGCGCAGCGCUCAGCACCAGCAGCAGCAGCACUCAGCAGCGCGUCCGCAGAGCCACAGCCGCAAGUACAGUCAAUUCAUGAUAAUAACCCCAGCUGUAUCCAUUGAUCGCGACUUUGAGUAUGAAACGCAUUUGGACUUUGAGGACUUUGCCAAUGCAGCGCAUAACAAUGGGAAUCUGUUUCGCGCCGGGCUGCGUCGCAGCGACAGCAGCAGCGAUGACAGCGGCCACAGCUCGGACAGCAGCUUCCGCUCCAAUUACAAUCCCUAUCUGCAUCACAGCCGCCAGCACUUGCUGUCGAGUAAUAAGAACGGCACUGGCGGGGGCCGCGGUGCUCAUCGCUUUUAUGCAUUCUCAUCCUGGCGCUGGUGCACGCUGCUCUGUGCGGCAAUGCGCUGCUUUGGCGCUGGUGGUCACUCAGGCAAUCAGGCGCCCUUUAGCAGCUCCUUUGUGCAGCAUCGUCUGCUGCGUCGCUGCUCCUCAUACAAUGCGGAUACGGCGUAUGAUUACGAGCAUUUUGCGGCGCCGUUUAAGCCGCGCAAGACACGCGAUCAUCUGAACAACAUUACGUACGAGUUGUGACGGUGGCCGCUGCCAACUAAAAGUAAAACGGAAAUGCAUUUUGAUCUCUUCUUCGUCUUUGUCGUCGUCGUUGUCGUCGUUGUUGUAAUUCAAUUUGUUGUUGGUCAAUACCUAAUAACUCUUUCGCUUCUUAUUAGACUUUUAUUACACUUCUUAGCUAUGAAUGUCGUGUACUGUGUGUCGUUGUCGUUUAUCUUAGCGCCCUGCAAGGCGCAUUAUCUCGAUCGAUCGAUAUAUACAUAUACACUUACUAUAUAUAAAUCAAAAGAGCAGCACAUUUUUUGAGUGAUUUUAAUUCGACCUACGAGUAAUUAUUGUAAUUUAAUUAUAUAUACAUAUAUACAUAAAACAAAUUAUUAUACGAUAACAUUAAAACAAACAAAAACAUAAUUCGAGAAGAAACUUCUAAGUACGGGAAUGCAAUAUGCACGCGUUUACUUACCUAAUUGUUUAAAGUUAGCUAAUUAAUUCAAAUGACAACAAUUGAAACUCCAAUUAUAUUUAA